UUCGGCGCUGAGAGCGGCAGCUCUUCUCUGACAGCACAUGCACUGAUCUCAAAGGGCUUCGGAUUAGGACCUAGCGAAAACAUUUGACUUUUGGUCUUUUGGGAGUGAAUGCGUACACGGCUCAUCUUCAGGAUCCUUUGGUAAAUCGUGAUGCCCACAGUGAAUGACAUUUCGUUUGGAGACAGAGAUCCCUGAGGAAAUUAAUCGCCCUGUAUUGUGUUGUAUGUGAUGUGUUUCACGUGUCUGCGCACCACAGUGAGGUAGUUUGACUGACACGUGUUCCCACGGACCGUUAAAUGACCGGGACCCGGCUUUGGGUGAUCUAUACGGUGGAUGCGGCGGAAAGAAAGACCUUUCUUUGAUCACCGGGAGCAGAGACAAUAUGAAGUCUCUCAGAAAGUGGAAUUCCUCCUGGACCAUUUGGAUUAUUUACCCAGAGAUGAUUCUUUUUCCAGUUCUUUGGUUUUUAUCUCAGACUCGGGCGGCCCCGUCUAUAACAACCGAGCAGAUGGAUAUGGGGGUGGACUGGUUGAGCAAGUUUGGCUAUCUCCCUCCCCCUGAUCCUGUGAAUGGACAGCUACAGACUAAAGAGGCUUUGACGAGAGCCAUCAAAGCCAUGCAGAGGUUCGGAGGCCUGAAAGAAACUGGAGUGCUAGACCAAGCAACCUUGGGCUUAAUGAAGACCCCUCGUUGCUCGCUGCCAGAUGUGUCAGAGCUGGACACAUCUGCAGGCAGACGAAAGCGAGCGCUAGCUCCUCAGAAUAAAUGGAAAAAGAGGCAUCUUUCCUGGAGGGUAAGGACGUUUCCAAAGGAGUCAGCUUUGCUGGGCCGGGACAUGGUGCGGGCGCUUAUGUACUAUGCCCUGAAAGUGUGGAGUGACAUUGCUCCUCUCAACUUCCAUGAGGUGGCGGGGAAUGAGGCAGACAUUCAGAUUGAUUUCACCAAAGCGGAUCACAACGAUGGAUACCCUUUCGACGGACCCGGUGGCACAGUAGCCCACGCAUUCUUUCCUGGAGAACGGUUCACAGCGGGAGACACGCACUUUGAUGAUGAUGAAGCCUGGACCUUCAGAUCGCCAGAUUCUCAUGGAAUGGAUCUUUUCGCAGUGGCGGUGCAUGAGUUUGGCCACGCCAUAGGACUCGCACACACCUCUGCCAUUGAGUCCAUCAUGCGCCCUUACUAUCAGGGGCCAGUGGGCGACCCGCUCAAGUACAACCUCCCGUACGAAGACAAGAUUCGCGUCUGGCAGCUUUAUGGUGUUCGAGAGUCUGUAUCGCACACAAUGAAGCCAGAUGACCCCUCUCAAACCGCCGAACCUCCCGUCCUGCUUGACCUCCCCGAAAACAGAUCUAUGAUACCAUCUGCCCCUGAUGCCCCUGACAGAUGCACUAGCCACUUUGAUGCUGUUGCCCAGAUUCGAGGGGAGGCCUUCUUUUUCAAAGGGAAGUAUUUUUGGCGUCUGACACGUGAGAAGCACCUGGUGUCGUUGAGGCCAGCUCAGAUCCAUCGCUUCUGGAGAGGUUUGCCUGCCAACCUAGACAGCGUGGAUGCUGUAUACGAGAGACCUGGAGACCAUAAGAUUGUGUUCUUUAAAGGUGGGAAAUAUUGGGUGUUCAAGGACAAUAAUGUUGAAGAGGGCUACCCACGCUCUAUCACAGACUUCGGACUGCCUGCGGAGGGAGUGGAUGCUGUAUUUGUUUGGCUGCACAAUGAGAAGACCUACUUCUUUAAGGACAGCCGUUACUGGCGCUAUGAUGACCAUCUGCGGCAAAUGGACCUCGGCUACCCAAAAGACACGGCGCUGUGGAAAGGGAUCCCAUCUCAACUAGAUGACGCCAUGCGGUGGUCUGACAGAGCGUCAUAUUUCUUCAAGGGAAAGGAGUACUGGCGUGUGGCGGGCAGCGAUAUGGAGGUUGAAGCGGGUUAUCCGCGUCCCAUCGGCAAGGACUGGCUGGUGUGCACAGAAAUGCAGUCAGACUCCCCGGAGAUGCAGAACAACUCGAACACAAGGCUACAUGGGCAGCACCACGCAGACCAUGCAGAAAAUGGCUACGAGGUUUGUUCCUGUACUUCGGACUCAGCCUCCCCGUUGGGGACACAAAUGACCCUCUCACCCGUCUGGGUGUUAGCGCAGUUCUGGACGCUUACACUCGCUCUCUCCUCUGCUCUUCUCUGAUAAGGGCAGAGCCACAGGCCUGUACUCAAAAAGAACAUACAGCAGCCUGUGGGUAAAGAGAGCUUUGAGAGGCUCUGGAAAAGCCUUUCACCAGCGCUGGACUGAUGGACAGGCCUCAGCACUUCAAUCAAGAAAGGAUCACUUUUUUUUUUUUUUUUUUUUGGGUUUUCUAGAAACUGGAAAUUUGAUUACUAUUACUUUUUAUUAUUAUUAUUAUUAUUAUUAUUAUUAUUAUUAGGGGUGCUUGCUAUUGCUUACCUGAACAAAGAUUGAAAAAUGUAAAAUUGCCUAAGAUUGACCAUCGGGCUAUUCAAGAUGUAAAUGAGUUUGUUUCUUUAUCAAAACAGAUUUGAAGAAAUUUAGCAUUGCAUCACUUGUUCAUCAUUGGAUCCUCUGCAGUGAAUGGGUGCCGUCAUAAUGAGAGUCCAAAAAGCUGAUAAAAACAUGAUGAUAAUGCACAAUUAAUCCAAACUAUUCCAGUCGAAUCAUGUGAGGUGAAAAUCUGCAUGUUUGUAAGAAACAAAAACAUUAAUUGAUGAACUUGAGUUGUGAGGAAUGCAGAUUGUUGUGAUGUGUUUGUCAGCUGUUUGGUCUCUCAUUCUGACGGCACCCAUUCACAGCAGAGGAUCCAUUGGUGAGCAAGUGAUGUAAUGUUACAGUUCUCCAAAUCUUUUCUGAUGAAGAAACAAGCUCAUUUACAUCUUGGAUGGCCUGAGAGUGAGUAAAUUUUUAGUGAAUAUUCAUUUAUGUGUGAGCUUUUCCUUAAAUCCGAAAUAUUAAACUGUGCAUAAUUUAUCUCACACCGUUUGUGCUACAGACAUGAAUGAUAUCUCAAAUCAUGUUGCUCAUUGAGGUGUGCUGUUAAUUUAUCAGACCUACGACUUCACCUGACAGACAAUAAAACAACCGAAAAAAAUCCUGCAGGAGAGUUAUGAGCCAUAUUUAGGAUCCAGAAUAUCACAUAGACUUGUCUUAGAAUACAUCCAUAAGUAACCCUUGCAAUGCAUAGCAGCAUUCUAGAAAUAAAUCUAAAUAUCCAUCGUGCCAGAGUGUUUUGCACAAGCAAGCAUCGCUAAUAUUUUAUUAUAAAAGCAAACAUGUAUUAUUAAUAUUCAAAAUGUCAGAACAUUCAUUAUCAGGUUCAUUCAAUUAUUUUUUUUCAGAAUAUAUUACAGUAGAUAUUACAGUAACCAGCUAAUCUGAGGCGCAUCCAGAGCCAGUAAUAGUAACGAUCAUGAUGAUAAUGAUCAUAAUGAUAGUAGGGAUAUUGCUGAUAUAGGGAAGGCAGCAGAAGUCUCACAAAUAGGGCUUCCGGCUGGAUGCAGUUCAUAGGCAUCAUGGGAUACCAUGAGUCACAACCUGAUAACCUUCCCUUGCUCCAAGUGCUUUAAAAAUGCUGUCACUCAUCUUUAUUGGCACCUUUUUCGGCUCGUUUCUUACUAAAAGCAUAAUCCUUUACUGAUCCUACGGGUUCCAUAUUGAAACCCUCUCCUCCUCAUCCUCUCUGAUCGACCGAUUCCCAGUGUCUUAGCAUCUUUUACUUAUUAGUCUGCCUUGUUCUAAGCAAUUAUAUUUACUUUCAUCUUCAGUACUGACUGUUUUAGUAAUAACCACCACAAAAUCAUCACUCUAAAGCAAUGAUAGUUACUUAUAAUUGUAAUCAACUGUUUUUUUAUUUAUUUUUAAUAAACACCACUAUUGUUUAGUUUAUCAAGGUCAUGCAUGAAGCUGGAUUCACAAUGCCUGGACCUCCACAGCUAGAAACAUUUGGUUUAAAUUUAAAAAUAUAUUUUUUUUUUGUCUUGUUACAGUCUUUCU